GAACGCAGCUAUUAUGAUCUUUUUUUUUUUAUAUAGUAAACAAAACAUUAGACAUGGCAAUCGAAAAAUUAUACGAAAGUGAAAAUUAUAUAGUAGUAAACAAGCCAUAUGAUAUGUAUAUUAAUACUGACGACGAAACUGAAAAGAACACAGUUACCUGUCACAUAGCGUCUCACGACUCUCAUCUCUCGACGUCUGUCUAUCCUUUGCACUUUGUGCAACGCCUCGACUAUGCCACAAGCGGCGUGCUGUGUAUCGCGAAAAACAAAACCGCUGCGGCCGCGGCUGGCAAGCUGUUCGAGAGGCGGGAAACAAAAAAAUAUUAUCUGGCGAUUGUCAGGGGACAUGUAAAAUUUAAGCGAGCAGAUAUUGAGUACAAUGUCGGUAUCGAUCCAGCUACAGCAAAUUCAAGCCACAAGAUGUUAGCGUUUACAAACAAGUCGUCUGCCAGCGGGCAGUCGCGGCACGCGCACACACGCCUCCUCGUUUUAGAGACGGGUUACUAUAAAAACGAACCUGUGUCUGUUGUGCUAUUAAAGCCAAUAACAGGCCGUCGCCACCAGCUCCGUGUGCAUUGCUCGGCCAUUGGUCACACAAUACUGGGCGAUUACACGUACAGCAACGCGACUGAUAGCUCUCCACACAGGAUGUUCUUGCACGCUACCAGGUUACUGUUGCCAGUAUCGACGGAACCAUUAGAUAUUCAGACCACAGAACCAUUUUUUCAAGACCAACAGUUCAGUGCAGAGUGGAAAUCUGAAAUUGUAUUCUACAAAUAUAGGAGUAAAGAGGACUUUCGAUUAGUUUGUAAUAUAAUUGAUGAGUCCUACGAGAUUGGUGUCAAAUAUAAACUAUUCAACUGUAAUUGUUCGGAUUAAAUAUUUUUAUAGUUAGA